GUUUAGGGGAAUAUUCCUUUACCAAAGUCAACAUGUGUUAUAUCACGUUCAUAAACUCCUAACUUGCAACUCACAACUAACAUGCAACUCAUAAAUAAGAUUUAGUAGUCAUGCACCAUACAUUUUUAUUAAUAAAUUUCACACCAUAACGAACACUAUAAACUCUCAGAGUUCAGGAUCACAGACACAAUUUGUUUCCCUGUUACUAAGGAGCUGGCAGAAUUAUGCAGAGUCUUAUAAUAUAUCUCAUAGUUGUGGUUGUGUUCACAGUUGAAGCGAAAGACUGUGAUGACCAUGGCUAUUGUCCCUCAAAAUGGUACUGUAAAGAUGGAAAAUGUGCAAAGAUGAUUAAACCACCAGGGGCUUGUGAUAGAAGCGUAGAAUGUAUUGGAGGAUCCCAUUGUGAAAGUGUUGGCUGGUCUGAAUGGUUAAAUCAAGAUAAACCUAGUGGUAAGGGUGAUUAUGAAUUAACAGAGGAUUUUAGGGAAGAAGGCAUGCUGACAUGCGACAAUCCAACAGCAAUUGAAUGCCGAACAGUAGAAACCCAUAUUCCUGCUGCUGAAACAGGGCAAGUGUUUGAUACAUCAACCAACUGCACUGUAGAAGGGGGAUUAGGAUGCACCAAUAACCAACAGGAGGCAGGUAGUAGAUGCCAAAAUUAUGAAGUGAGAUAUUACUGUUCAGACAAAAGAUGUACUGAGAGAUGCCGAGCUGAUGCUGACUGCUUGAUGUACAAAGGGGGCAGGAAAAAAUACUGCACCUCAGGAGGACUAGUGACCCUUGUGAAAGGCUACUGCGAACCACAGAAGGUUGAUGGAGAAGCAUGCUCUCGUCAUCAAGAAUGUCAAAAGAAAAGAUUCUGCAAAAAUGCAAUAUGUAAAGAGGCAGAAGAAGCGGUUACAUGUCAUAUUUCAUGUGUAGGUCCUAAUCCCAAAAACCCACAGAGGAUCAAGGUUGGUGACAACGUAUAUGUGACAUACUCAUGCAUCUUUGUUAGACAAGGACCACAAGGACCAAUGUACAUUGAAGCAGAGCUUAUCUUACAUAGAAAAUUCAUAGUGGAAUCAGGGAAUGGCACCUCACCAUUGACGCUCAGUGGCCACCAUACUGAACUUAUAAAGCUUCCUGGAAUAUACACAUAUGAAAUACGCGGCGUGAUGAAAAACUGUAUUAACCAUAGGAAGUACUGCAGUUGGGGGAAAAGAUGUGUUAUUUAUGUGUAAUUCAACAUUAUGAAGUUUUAUUUCAGAUCAGUAAAUUUACUUGUAAGUCAAUAUAAGACAAUAUUAGAC